GUACUCCUUGAGAGGUUGCCGACCCGUGAGGACGUUUUGCAAUUGUUUGACUUGCUACGCCGUGAGGAUGCCUCUCGCGGUGCUCCUAUGCCUUUGUCCUUCGGUUGUGGAUGUUGGAUACAGAAUGAUCGUUUUGGUCUGAUGCGGAACUACCAAUUGUUUCCGCUGACUGUGCAGUUUAUGAACUCUUUUGUCAGGCCAAUUCGACGGUGCCCCAGGUACCCAUCUAUCGUCCUUUUCUGUGACGUGCAGGCGGAAACAUCUUUGUGCUUCGGCCUGGAGGUCGCGAGCCUGCGGCGCUUGACAACAUUCAGUGGACGCAUGCACCUCCAGCCACGAAGUUUGUUCCUUUAG